AUGGUUUUUCUCAUUUUUAUUGUCUUCUUUCCAUUUCUUAAUGUCUUUUUUUUUUUUUUGAAUUCUUAUCUUUCUGUCCACUUCUUAUCUUUCUGUCCACUUCUUAUUUUUCUGUCCACUUCUUAUCUUUCUGUCCACUUCUUAUUGCUUUUCUCUCUAAUUGUUAAUACCUUUCUUUCUUACUUAUUGUCUUUCUUUCUAAUUCCUACAUUUUUUUGCCACGGCUUCUCUCAAUUUCUACUUUUUCUUGACAUACACAUAUUGUCAUUACCAUUAAUUCAUUCAUAUCUAUCUAUCUAUCUAUCUAUCUAUCUAUCUAUCUAUCUAUCUAUCUAUCUAUCUAUCUCUGUUCAUAUCUAUUUAUCUAUCUAUCUCACUCUGUUCAUAUCUAUCUAUCUAUCUAUCUAUCUAUCUCACUCUGUUCAUAUGUACUUCAAUCUCUCUAUCUAUCUAAAUGUUUUCUUAUCUAUUUUACUCUGUUUAUAUCUAUUUAUUUUAAUCUUUUUGUAUCUAUCUAUCUCACUCAGUUCAUGCCUAUUUCAAUCUUUUCACAUCUAUCUAUCUAUCUAUCUAUCUGUUUCACUCUGUUCAUAUCUGUAUAUUUCAAUCUUUUUGUAUCUAUCUAUUUAUCUCAUUCUGUUAACAUCUAUCUAUCUAUCUAUCUCAGUCUUAUCUAUCUAUCUAUCUAUCUAUCUAUCUAUCUAUCUAUCUAUCUAUCUAUCUUAG